AUUCUACUGAGCCAUCUCCCCGGCCCCCAAAUUUACUAUCUUAAUAGCUCCCAGUAAGGGCAGAACUCUGAUACCUUUGUUAUUACGCCGGAGAGAACUCUGGCCCGGAGACCUGCAACCUCUGCGCGGGGCCCGACCGCGGCCAGGCCUGGGGUCUCUAGACCUCCGCCCUCCCCUACGGGCAGUGUAAACAGAACCACGCGGCGAAAGCCCCAGCAACUCGAAGCUACCGGUCGGAAGCUACGGGGACCCCGGGCCGGGCGGCACCGGGCGCUGCGCAGCCGCGGACCGCCGCUGAGAUGCCGGAAGCUCACGCGCCAGCUCUUCCGGGGAGUGCCGGUUUCUUGGAAGCUGAUUGGGCGAUGUCCCGCCGCCCCGCCCCCGUGCGCUCGCGUCAUUCCGGCUGCGCGUGCUCGCUGUCAGUGAGGAGCCAUGGCCGAUCUGGAGAGUCUGGGCUUCGAACACAUGGGCCUGGACCCCCGGCUCUUGCAGGCUGUCGCCGACUUGGGCUGGUCUCGGCCCACGCUGAUCCAGGAGAAAGCCAUUCCGCUGGCGCUGGAGGGGAAGGACCUGCUGGCUCGGGCGCGCACGGGCUCCGGGAAGACGGCCGCGUAUGCUAUCCCGAUGCUCCAGCUGCUGCUUCACCGGAAAGCGACAGGUCCUGUGGUGGAACAGGCUGUGAGAGCCCUUGUCCUUGUUCCUACCAAGGAGCUGGCUCGGCAGGCUCAGUCCAUGAUUCAGCAGCUGGCUGCCUAUUGUGCUCGGGAUGUGCGGGUGGCCAAUGUGUCAGCUGCGGAAGACUCAGCCUCACAGAGAGCUGUGCUGAUGGAGAAGCCAGAUGUGGUCGUGGGGACCCCAUCCCGCAUAUUAAACCAUUUGCAGCAGGACAACCUGAAACUGCGGGACUCCCUGGAGCUGCUGGUGGUGGAUGAAGCUGACCUUCUGUUUUCCUUUGGUUUUGAGGAAGAACUCAAGAGUCUUCUCUGUCACUUGCCCCGGAUUUACCAAGCUUUUCUUAUGUCGGCUACUUUUAAUGAAGAUGUGCAGGCCCUCAAGGAGCUGGUACUGCAUAAUCCGGUUACCCUGAAGUUACAGGAGUCCCAGCUUCCAGGGCCAGGCCAGUUACAGCAGUUUCAGGUGGUCUGUGAGACUGAGGAAGACAAGUUCCUGCUGCUGUACGCCCUGCUCAAGCUGUCACUGAUUCGCGGCAAGUCCCUGCUCUUCGUUAACACCCUGGAGCGGAGUUACCGGCUCCGACUCUUCCUAGAACAGUUCAGCAUCCCGACCUGUGUGCUCAAUGGCGAGCUCCCUCUGCGCUCCAGGUGCCACAUCAUCUCUCAGUUCAACCAAGGCAUCUACGACUGUGUCAUAGCAACGGAUGCUGAAGUUCUUGGGGCUCCAGCCAAGGGCAAGCAGCGGGGCCGAAAGGCCAAAGGAGACAAAGCCUCCGACCCCGAGGCAGGUGUGGCCCGGGGCAUAGACUUCCACCAUGUGUCUGCUGUGCUCAACUUUGACCUGCCCCCCACCCCCGAAGCCUAUGUCCAUCGGGCUGGGAGGACAGCGCGCGCCAACAACCCCGGCAUAGUACUGACCUUCGCGCUGCCCGAGGAGCAGUCACAGCUAGGCAAGAUCGAGGAGCUUCUCAGUGACGAGGGUGAGGCUCCUGCCCUGCUUCCCUACCAGUUCCGCAUGGAGGAGAUCGAGGGCUUCCGCUAUCGCUGCAAGGAUGCCAUGCGCUCAGUGACAAAGCAGGCCAUCCGGGAGGCGCGGCUGAAGGAGAUCAAGGAGGAGCUCCUGCACUCGGAGAAGCUCAAGACAUACUUUGAGGAUAACCCCCGGGACCUGCAGUUGCUCCGGCACGACCUGCCCCUACACCCCGCGGUGGUGAAGCCACACCUGGGUCAUGUCCCUGACUACCUGGUCCCUCCAGCGCUCCGUGGCCUUGUGCGCACCCACAGGAAGCGGAAGAAGCCGUCCUCUGGCAGGAAGGCUAAGAAGGUGAAGACCCAGAAUCCACUGCGCAGCUUCAAGCACCGAGGGAAGAAACCCAAACCUACGGCCUUACCAUCCUGAGGCCACCAGGCCGUGGCACGGGAAGGGAGCUCCGUGCCCAGCACACCACAUGCCCGGCACUGUGUUGGGCACACAGACUCUGGGGACUGGGCUGGCACUGCCAGGCUGUCUAACCCCAAGAUUCCAGCUGCGCAUGGUGACGUGCCUGUGGUCCCAGCUGCUCCAGGGGCUGGUGGAGGAGGGUUGUGAACUGGACGUUGGCCUGAGCGACGUAGAGAGACCCUGUCACAGAAAGAAAAAGGGCUGGGGGUGUAUUGAGGUAUAGAGCCCCAGGGUUCCACCCCAGUAUUGUGAUAACAAACCAACUGAAUAAACCUCUUCCACCUGA